AUCGUCUCCUUCGCCGCGCUUGGUUCUCCUAUUACGUGUCGAAUCUUCUUAGGGUCACGACUCACGAUCUAUAGCUGAUCGCUGUGGAAUCAGUUUCGUGCUACGCAGAUUCUCGAGCUUUCUCUAAGUUAAAGAUCUUUCUGAUCUUUAGAAGAAGGGAAAAUCACCAACGGAGAGGAAGUUUCUCUUAUACGUUUUUCACUGGAUAUCUAUCACCUGGUAAGAUCGCCUUGCUCGGAAUUGAAAAGUUAAGCAAUAGAAACAAGAGAGUGGGAAUUAGGCAGACGAGAUCUAAGCCAGAUCAACAGACGAGAGAUCAUUGCAGAAGUUCCCAAUUUUGAAAGCUGUGUGAAGAAAAAUACAGGAUUUUGAGAGGCGGAUCUGUCCAGUUCGACACUGUGAAAGGGAACUACAUCAGUUUAUUCCAGAGGAUAUGAGGUUUCUGUGAACCAAUCUGAAUCUUGGAUUGUAAUUGAUCUGGUCUCGUGAUUCCAGUUUGACAACAGUUUUGUUAACUUGUGAGCUAUAAUGGGAACGGAAAAUCAGGGUUUUCCAGCUAGGACUGCCUCCUCUCCAUUCGCAUCUGCUCCGCCACCAGGAGCUGCACCUCAAUCCGGUGGACCAGCCACCGGAUCAGAGACGGUUGGCUUUAGACCUUUCCCACCAUCUGCUUCACAACCAACAAGGCCUUUCACACCUUCUGGUCCUCCUAUGGCUCCACCAGUUGGUGCGAUGAGGCCUGUCCAGUCUCCUUUGGUUUCUCAGAUUCCAGGGGUUAGACCUCCACCGCCAUCAUCAAAUUCGUUUCCUUCAACGGCGUAUGGUCCUCCUGGUGGUGGCUCUUUCCAGCGUUUUCCAUCCCCGCCCUUCCCGGCAGCACAAAACCCUCCUCGUGGUCCACCACCAACUCAAACGCUUGCAGGUCACCUAUCCCCUCCGAUGUCUCUUCGCCCACAGCAACCAAUGGCGCCUGUAACAAUGGGACCUCCACCACAAAGCAUGACUUCUGGAGGAAAUGCUCCUCCCCCUGCUAUUCAACAGUCGAUGCCUCCAGUGAACCCGUCUUAUUCUGGUGGGGUUGGUUUACAACCAUCUUUUCCUGGCUAUCCCAGCAAGCAGGUAUUACAGGCUCCACCAAUGCCAUUCCAGUCUGCAUCGCAGGGCCCCCCGACUACAGUCUCGUCAUACCCUCCUCAGGUAGGAGGUUUUCCUCAGCACCCAAACCUAGCAGCACAGCAGAAUCUGCAUCCAAGCUAUGCACCUCCUCCUAGUAACGUUCAAGGAUUGGUUGAAGAUUUUAAUUCGCUGUCCCUUUCAAAUAUUCCGGGAUCGCUGGAGCCAGGACUUGAUCAUACAUCAUUCCCAAGGCCAUUGGACGGUGACGUGGAGCCAAAUUCAUUUGCUGAAAUGUACCCCAUGAAUUGCCAUUCUAGAUAUCUACGGCUGACAACUAGUGCUAUACCAAAUUCCCAGUCUCUGGCGUCGAGGUGGCAUCUACCUCUAGGAGCUGUGGUUUGUCCCCUUGCUGAGGCUCCUGAAGGGGAGGAAGUACCACUUAUUGAUUUUGGCUCCACUGGCAUCAUCCGCUGCAGAAGAUGCCGUACCUAUGUGAAUCCUUAUGUGACUUUUACAGAUUCUGGAAGAAAGUGGCGGUGUAAUAUUUGCUCUAUGCUUAAUGAUGUGCCUGGUGAAUACUUCUCACAUUUGGAUGCUACUGGCCGAAGAAUGGACAUGGAUCAACGGCCUGAGCUGACAAAGGGUAGUGUUGAAAUCAUUGCUCCAACUGAAUACAUGGUUCGGCCUCCGAUGCCACCAAUCUACUUCUUCCUCAUUGAUGUUUCAAUUUCGGCUUCUAAAAGUGGGAUGCUUGAGGUUGUUGCUCAAACAAUCAAGUCGUGUUUGGAUAAUCUGCCUGGUUAUCCCAGAACUCAAAUUGGAUUUAUUACUUAUGACAGCACUUUACAUUUUUACAACAUGAAGUCGUCUUUGAGCCAGCCGCAAAUGAUGGUGGUUUCGGAUCUAGAUGAUAUAUUUGUCCCAUUGCCGGAUGAUCUCCUUGUCAAUUUAUCUGAAUCUAGAAAUGUGGUGGAAGCCUUUUUGGAUAGUCUGCCUCUGAUGUUUCAAGAUAAUGUCAAUUUGGAAUCGGCUUUUGGUCCAGCCCUCAGAGCAGCGUUCAUGGUUAUGAACCAACUUGGUGGCAAGUUGCUAAUUUUCCAGAACUCGAUACCUUCUCUUGGUGCUGGGCGGUUAAAGUUGCGCGGAGAUGAUCCUCGUGUCUAUGGAACUGACAAAGAAUAUGCUUUAAGGGUAGCUGAAGACCCCUUCUAUAAGCAAAUGGCUGCCGAUUGUACCAAGUUCCAGAUAGGAAUUAAUGUUUAUGCAUUCAGUGAUAAGUACACUGAUAUUGCCUCCUUAGGGACUCUGGCAAAAUACACUGGAGGACAGGUGUACUAUUAUCCAGGCUUCCAAUCAUCUAUUCAUGGAGAUAAGUUAAGACACGAGCUGGCUAGAGACCUUACAAGGGAAACUGCCUGGGAAUCGGUUAUGCGAAUAAGAUGUGGAAAAGGAAUUCGUUUCUCGUCAUACCAUGGGAACUUCAUGCUAAGGUCUACUGACCUGCUUGCUCUUCCUGCUGUUGACUGUGACAAAGCAUAUGCAAUGCAGUUAACUCUGGAAGAGACAUUGUUAACAACCCCGACUGUGUAUUUCCAAGUCGCUCUACUAUAUACUGCUUCUUGCGGAGAGAGGCGUAUAAGGGUACACACAGCUGUUGCACCAGUGGUAACAGAUCUUGGAGAGAUGUAUAGACAAGCAGACACUGGUUCCAUUGUCUCUGUAUAUACUAGAUUAGCAAUUGAGAAAACUCUGUCUGCGAAAUUGGAUGACGCACGGAAUGCAAUACAGCAAAAGAUUGUUAAAGCUCUCAGAGAAUAUCGUAAUCUUCACGCGGUGCAGCAUCGGUUGGGGUCUAGAUUAAUAUACCCAGAGUCUCUGAAGUUCUUGCCAUUGUAUGGAAUGUCAAUUUGUAAGUCUACUCCUCUUCAACGUGGAGCUGCUGAUGCUUCACUGGAUGAGCGCUGUGCGGCAGGCUUCACCAUGAUGGCUCUGCCUGUCAAAAAGCUAUUGAAGCUUUUAUAUCCAAAUUUAUUCCGUGUUGACGAGUGGCUCUUAAAGCCAUCAGCAGACCAUGAUGACCUUAAGGACGUAUUAAGGAGAUUGCCUUUGGCUGCAGAGAGUUUGGAUUCUAGAGGCCUUUACAUUUAUGAUGAUGGUUUUCGAUUGGUUUUGUGGUUUGGCCGGAUGCUUUCACCUGACAUUGCUAAAAAUCUUCUUGGGACUGACUUUGCAGCAGAGCUCUCAAGGGUUACACUGCAAGAGCAAGAGAAUGGGAUGUCAAAGAAACUAAUGAGGUUGAUAAAGAAAGUGAGGGAGACUGAUCCGUCAUAUCAUCCCAUGUGUUUUCUGGUGAGGCAAGGAGAACAACCCCGAGAAGGCUUCCUUCUCCUCAGAAAUCUCAUUGAGGACCAGAUGGGCGGUUCGACUGGUUAUGUUGAUUGGAUUCUACAACUUCAUCGCCAAAUCCAACAAAAUGCGUAAUAGCUCACAAUGAUAACUCGGGUGCCAAAAUGCGCCUCUUUGCAACCGUUGAAGAACUCGUGAGCUCAAAAUCUUCUUCUUAAGCAGGUCCGGGUCAUUGUGGUCUGCGUCCUUGGGCAUAAUGUGUUGUUUUGGUAAAAAGAAGCACUACUUAUAAUUUUUCUUCAUUUGUUUUCGAUAGAACUUAUCUCAAGUCCAGGCUUUUAUUUGCCCAACCAGAAUGGUUUUGUCCGUAAGAUUAGACGUUUUUGUUUAUCCUUUGUCCCCUUUUUUUUUCUAAUUUUUCUUGUGCGUCUGUACCGGAUUUAUUUUGGGAGUUACAGUUCAUGAAUCUGUCUUAAUUUAGGAAUAUUAACAUGAUAAUUUCUGUUAAAAAUUUAAAGUACAUUUUAUGAUUA